AACCGACUAUCAAGGCUAAGAAGAAGAUGAAGAAGAUGAAGCGCCGGCAGGUACAAUUUUUUUUCUAUCACUGGCACAAUGAAACUAAAAGAAGGCUGGCUGUCAUUUCUCUGGCAGCUUCUUGUCCGCACCAUCGUACCUCCGGCUCAUCCCAUAUCCCAUUCCCAUCUCUUUGGAAAUACCAAAAAAAAGGUGCUCAAACGUUUGAGGCUCCGGAUGAUGAGGGCAGAUUCUCGGAAAGAAAACGAAAAAAAAUUUCCAAGUUGAAUUUUUUCCAGCGCCUUCGCGCCGGGCGACCUUAUUGGGCCACAUCUUGAGGCGUUAGCCGAUCGGCCACAAUUGGCCCCGUUUUCUAUGAUUAGCGUCGGCCUGCGAAUUUGACAUAGGCGCGAAGACAUCGGGCUCCACCUCCUUUCUGGGUGGAGCGUCGCUAGACAUUGUAGCGCAGCAUUUCUUCAGAAAUGCGCCACAGGGCGGGCUUUGCAGGCAAUAAAAUGGCCCGCCCACAGGUUUUCUGAUUUACUUUUUGCCACCCCCAAAAAAGCUCGGAAAAAUUACCCACUUUCAUACCCAUCGCAAAAAAUGCGUCAAACACGGGCGGAAAUUGAAGAGUUUGUCGGUCGCCGAAAAUUUUUUUGGAUUUUUUUUGGAAUUCCUUUGAAAUUUUUUUUUCGAAAAAUCGAUUUUUCACAUUUUGCAAAAUUCCCGCUUUAGCAUGAGUCGAACACGUGAUAGCGUGCGGAUUGGGGACAGUCGUUGUCGAAAACGCACGGAGCGCGCGACUUUCAAGGAUUUCGCAUGUGGUUGCUUGUGUUUUCUUCCAGGCCUGAAGCACGAGAAGCCCGCUAGUCACAUUCAAGCCAUACUGUUGCUCGUGUGUGAGGCUUGCGCGCAAUUUCUUUUCGGCCCGCCCCCAAACUUUUGUCCUGCGUUGAAAAUAUUUCGGUUUUCUUUCAAGCCCAAUCAUAAUCGGGGUCCCGGAACUUCAAAAACGUGAAGCAAUGCCUGGAGUCAGCGUCGCCAUCUCACUUGUGUUGCUGCUCGUCAGCGUUAACCAGGAAUUUUACGAAAAUUUGUUUUCCGAGCUCUGAUUUCUGGGUUUUUCCGAUAUGAUGUUUUCAAGGUUUCCACAAACGCGAUUUACGUUGUUUUCGAGUAUUUUUCCACAGCAUGAGUGGUAAGAUAAAGAUUAACAUUAACUUACAGCUUGGACGGCCGUUAGAAAUAAGGAAGGUUAUUUUGCGGAGAUUUUGCGCGGUUGCUAGAAUUUCGCCAGCGCUGCGGGGAAAAAGUACGAGACUCCUUCCGGGCUCAGAAUUUUCAUGGCAGUGUGGUUCCUUCCUGUGGCCCCUUCUUGUGGCGCCUGCUUAAUUGCGUCUGCCUCCGCUAGCAAUGUGGGAGGGUCCGUCUUGUGGCCGAAGGCAGAGACUUUGCCACUAGACCUAAAAAGAAAACGCGAAGAAGUGGCUUUUGACUUUGUGGACUAUUCAGGAAAAUCUGUCCGGUUAUUUUAUGAAAAGCGGCUUUUUUGUGAGCUGGUUAUUUUACAGAAAUGUGGACUGUGCCGCCGUGAUUAGAUUUUUGCUCGGGCGUUUGUUCGUAAAAUAACCAGCCGCAGUCUUGUAAAAUAACCCGUAAAAUAACCAAACGCGCAGUCAGCUCCAUUCCCGCCCUUCUCAAACAGCGCAAUCGCGAUGGUAUCGCGCGACAGAAAAACCGACAAUAUGGCGCGUUUUCAACUCUAGCCCGAUGGUGUGCUGGGUUUCCUGCAUAGUUUGCGCGUGCAGGCUCUAAAAGAUUAGCGACGCAGGUAGCUUGGCUCGGUCAUUAGUCAAGGCAUGAGCAGGAUGUCUGGAAAAAUAGGCGCUGAUGGUUGAUGGCGUAAAAUCUCCGCAAAAUAACCAGUGCGAAUUCUAAUGGGUGUCCAAGCUCUAAACAUUAACAUGAGCACGAGCAUCGUUUAUUUUCUUCCACUUCCACAGCAUUAGCAUCACAUACACAUUGUGAAUUUCAACUUUCAUCAAGAAUUUUGUAUCGUUAUCUCGUCGGCAUUCUUCUUGCACUCGGAGGUAUUUUGUAGUCUGCACACAUAAAGAAUCUCGUCACGGACCAGCAGCAGUGGCUUGAAGAGUCGGGACUGCAGCUGCAUUGUACUUCGUCUGUAUGUCAUUCUGAUUAAUUUCCACUUUGAAAACUUCAACAUCUAGUGUUAUCUAAGAAUCUUAUUUCCUUUCACAGCGGUCUCUGACCAUCUUCUUUGUUCCAGCUUCUUCCAGGUACAUUUACAUUUGUUUUACCUCAUUUUCUGUUUUUGCAUAUGGUUUACUUCUCUCCCAUCUGGGAGAGCGUUUAGCAUUGUAUUAUCAAAAAUCUUGUGAUAAAAAUCUUGCUUCGGCCACUUCCGCAAUCCCUCUCGAUGUACGAUAUAGUGUUGGUAUUUAUUGAUGAAAGUCCAAGAUUCUUGUAUUCCGUCUAUUUGAAAUUGAAAGACUGUUGCAGCUAACGAACCCUGCCUAGGUCGUGUUUUUCUGGUACAUUACUUGAGUCAGAAAAUUUCUCAUCCUGUCUUGUAUUU